GAUACUAUAAUGCCUGCAGAGGUAAUCGACUUGCUGUCGAGCUCGGAGCCAUCGUCACCACCCCAGGCUAUAAGUUUGUCGAUAAUUUCACCAUCAGUUCUGAACUCACCCAGAGAUCAUGCAGAAAACAAAUGUGAUGGUUCAACAGUGGCCAACCGGUCGACCGGUUUAGGGUCUCACCCCGCGGAGCCCUCUGAGGCGGCAUUAUCGACGGUGACAACGAAGCGCACCAGUGGUCAAAUGCAGAGAAGCCAAGAAAUCCUAUUCUAUUCGGAUGACUUUGACACCACAAUAGAUCUGUCACAUGAUGUCGAAUCCGAAGAUCGUGCUGUCAAGAGAGCACGGGUUUCCGGUAGUACUGAGAUUCUUGCCAAGUCGCCCACCUCUGUCACGGUUACCACAGGCAUAGGAUCGAACCAGAAACAUAUGUCGCGGCAGAAAAGGGCGUCUGCACUUGACCCCAUUGAGUUCACAAGCUCUCCCGACCCAGCCACUGUUCGGAAUAAAGGCAAAGGCCGCGCCACUGUCAUGCCUGACGACGACGACCCGUUCGCCAGUUCUCCGCAUGUAGUGCACAGAAGGGAGAAUAUCAAACCGUCAGGAGCCCCAUCUAAGGAGAGUGCGGUACCGCAGCCCUCAAGCUUUCAGGACCCGUUCGCAAGUAGCAGCCCGCUCCAGCCUGUGAAAUCCCCACCAGCUAAAGCCGCGCGUCGUCCCUCAAGACAGCCGACAGCAUGGGAUCCUAUAUCUAGCUCCAUGCCCGAAGGAGACCUGAGGCAUAGAGAGAGUAUUCUCAGCUCGCCAGUGCCCCUUCCAACCACCGGCAAGCUAACCAAGGCACAAACUGAAGUGAUCAAUCUCUUGGACUCGGAUGGUGUUAGUCUCGCCUCCCUCGCAUCUGAUGAUUCCUUGCCUGAUGUAACAGACAUUGCGGCCAAGGUGAAAGCAGGUCUUGAUGCCAGGUAUCCUUCUUUGAGCAAAGAUGGUCGCGCCGUUGUCAGACAACCUUCAAAGUCGCCGCCGCCACGGAAAAGACCUGCUGCAGCCAGGUCCAAGUCAGGCAGAAACACGACUGCGAACUCUGCCACUAUCGAUAGUGGGGCCACUGCAGCUGAAAAGGCACUUGAAAAGCAAGAGAAGGCCGCCGCGCGCAAGGCAGAGUCGGAGCGGAAGAGGUUAGAGGUGGAGCAUGCAAGGGUAGAGAAGAAACUCGAAAAGGAACGUGCAAAAGCGCUCGCAGAGGUCAACAAGAUCCGGACGGAUAAGAAACAAUCUACGCCCGAGAUGAUUGUCGAUCUUCCUGGUGGCUUGAACCCUAGGGUCAAGCUGCAGGUCGAGACCCUGCUCCAGAAUCUCCAGGUCGAUACCUCAACUAGCAGCAGCCCUGUCAGUAACGUUGUCCGUUGGCGCAGGAAGGUUACGGCUGUGUACAACGAUGAUGCAGAGCGGUGGGAGCCUGCUGCCCUGCGCCUAGAGAAGGAAGAGCAUGUCAUGGUGUUAAUGCCUGCUGCUGAAUUUGUGGAGCUCGCGCGAGGUGACGCCGCUGACCAGGUUUCUGACCAAGACGAAGAUGUCGAUAACGAGUACAUAUCAACACCAACGCUUGAAGACCAUGUAAGCCGGAUGCAGACUCAUUUUCCGGGCUCAAAACUCAUUUACCUGAUUGAGGGCAUGGCGAAGUGGAUGAGGAGCAACCGCACGAUUCAAAACCGACAGUUCGCUGCUGGCGUCCGCAGUCUUGCAGCCCAGGCACCUACAUCAUCUGCCAUGGCUGAAGGUUCCCAGGGCUCGCAUCGGCGGAGGAAACCGGCCAAACAAAAAAAGACCCCAGUAUACGUGGACGAGGACAUUAUAGAGGAUGCACUGAUGCGACUUCAAGUCAUACAUAGCGCCCUCAUUCAUCACGUUGACACUGAGCUGGAGACUGCACAGUGGAUAUGCGUUUUCACGCAGCACAUAUCGACGAUCCCCUACCGUCGCAGCCGGGAUGCCACCAAUGACCGUGCGGCCUUUUGCAUGGACACGGGUCAAGUGCGGACGGGUGACGAUGCGGGGGAUGCCUAUGUGCGAAUGCUGCAGCAGAUGACGCGCGUGACGCCCGCUAUCGCAUACGGCAUCGCUGCUGAAUAUCCCACCGUUUCUAAGCUCGUCGAUGGCUUCGAAUCCCGAGGGCCGCUGAUGCUCGAGAACUGCCGCAAGAGUACUAACAAGGACGGCGCCUUUUCUGACCGGACGAUUGGGCAGGCUCUCAGUCGGAGGUUAUACAAGGUUUUUACUGGGCGGGACGAGGCAAGUACGGACGUGUGA